UGUACUGCACCAGAAACGUAGCUUCGUUCUUCCUCUUCUCCGAGCACCGUCAUGAACCUCCGCAGAUCACAAAAUCGCCACGAGUUUGAGAAACACAAUUCGAACAUUCUUUCGGAAACUAUCUUCAAAAACUGUGUGCAUCGAUUCACUGAACCAAAUAACAUAUUCAAACAUAUUGGAACAAAGCAAAAGAAGAAGAAGAAGAAGAAGAAGAAGAAGAAGAAGAAGAAGAAGAAGAAGAAGAAUGCACAAAGAGAAAGGAAAGUGAAAUACAAGAAACUGUAAAUCAAGCGAUCGACUUAAAAUAAAAUAAAAAGAAAGAAGAAUAAGAACAUGUACGAAAAGGAGACGUAUCCAAAGAUAGGAGGAAAGAAUCGAAAGGAAGAAAAUAAGGAAAGAAAGAAAUGGAAGAAAAUCAGCCCGUCGCGUGACACGCGCCGAUAGGUGUCAAACGUGUGGCAGACAGACAGUUGACAUGACAUGAGAGAGGAGCAUCGGGACGCGGCCGUCGGGACGUGGUGGUCGGGCGCCGUGGCCCGGCAUCCUGUGGAAUAUUGCGCAAGCGGGAUAUUUCGCAGCUGCGCUCUUCGUACUUCGUCGAACGCUCGAAGGUCUGGCUGUUUCCCCGCUCGCAUUAUCGCGCUGUAGAUUCACGCGAUACGAAGGGGACACGUUGAACACCCUCCGUUGCGUUUCCGUUGGUGUAACCGUCGAGUAACGGGGAGACGUGGACGCCGAUUGGUCGGCGGACGUGGAACAGGCGUGGUAGACGUAGUACGGAGUGGGGAGUGUUUGAACAAGAUCGGCAGACUCAAGAGUAGCGGAGUACACUCGCUAACCGGCGUCCAUCCACACGGCACACAGAGAGACAGAGAGACAGUGAGACAACGAGACUGGUGAAUGAGGGAGAGUGGAGGUGAGGCGGAUCGAGCACACAGAACCCCGCUCAAACAACGUCGAUCGCUGCUCGCCGUGUGUUCUCAGCUCGUGCUUGGUGCUGGCGGUGCGCGAACAGCCCGCGCGUACAAUUUCAUACCGUGCGUUAUUCUCAACGUGUUGACGAAGUGACGGAGCGAUCGUGAACUUUUCCGACCUAUCGACGCUCGUUUACGGUGUAUUUUAAAGGAAUCUUAGUGUUGGACGAAAGAAGAUACUAUAUCCGGGAAGAUCGUGGAAUUUCUUCCGAAGAUUCUGUGAAUUUUUCCAAAGAGGAUAAUUGCUGGAGUGCGCGAAUUGUGUUUUAAACAUCGUAUCAAGCAAGUUGCAGAAAACAUAGAAAAGGAAGGUGAAGUUUCUGUUUGUCGCCGUACGAAUCAGAUUAUCGUGGACAGUGAAAUAUCAGUGAUAUUGACACAUGUAACUCGAUGAUAAUCGCAGUCGUAUGUUGGAUAUAAAGGAUCGUGAGUAAUCGAAAUAACCGUGUGUUGACGAACGGUGUCAAGCAUUUUCGUCACCGAGGAGAAGAUUCGGGAACCGUCGCAUUACCAACAGCAGCCGUGGUACCGCGGUUUUCAUGAUUCUCGUUUGACAAGCAGACAGCAACCCGCCACUCCGGCACCGGUCAGCUCUAUGACCAUGCUCCAGUCGCAGAAGCUGUACGGCGAUGCUGGUAGCCUCGGCGGCGCGAUGACCAGCGCCGCGAUGUCCACGAUGGGCAGCAUGGCGCCGACGUACAGCUCGAUCAACUCGGUAGGAUGUAUGCCUAUGGGUAUGUCAAUGGGAGUCGGUGUCGGACCGAGUUGCAGUCCUCAGGGCGCCGGCGGUUUCAACAUGAGCACCAUGAGUUCGGCAAUGGGGAUGGCAUCGAUGGGCGGUGGUGCUAUGGGUGGUUACGGGGGUGCCUCGAUGGGAGGCGGUGGCGCGUGUAUGAGCGCCGUCGGCUAUGGUCCUCUAACGCCAGGCGGCGGCGCCGGUGUUACCAGGGAUCCUCUUUCCCUUACCGAGCCGGAUUCGCCUAAUUCCGCUUUGCAACGCGCCAGAACCGACAAGUCUUACCGCAGAAGUUACACGCACGCGAAACCGCCCUAUUCCUACAUCAGCCUGAUCACAAUGGCUAUCCAGAACGCGCCCAGCAAGAUGCUUACGUUGUCGGAGAUCUAUCAGUUCAUCAUGGACCUGUUCCCCUUCUACAGACAAAAUCAGCAACGCUGGCAGAAUUCCAUCAGGCACUCGCUCAGCUUCAACGAUUGUUUCGUGAAAGUGGCGCGAACUCCGGACAAGCCUGGCAAGGGCUCCUUUUGGACCUUGCAUCCAGAGAGUGGGAACAUGUUUGAGAAUGGAUGUUAUCUACGUCGACAGAAGAGGUUCAAAGACGAGAAGAAAGAAUUAACCAGACAGAACAACAAGCACCAACAGCAUCAUACCGGAGCCGCAGCAGCCGCAGCCGCGGCAGCCGCCGCAGCCGCCGCCGGACACAAUAGUCCUACCUCCCACGAGUUGGCUCACGCGGCUAAAAAGACAACGUCUUCUCUCCACCACGGACCCCAGCAACAGGACGACAAGGAUCUUCAUUCUCUGGUGUCGUCGCACCAUCAUCAUCACGCAGCCAGUCUCCAUCAACACCACGCCUCGUUGAAAAGCGAUACAACGGACAUAGGCGGCCUCCUAGGACCCGAACUAGGCGCUGCUCACGACGAAUUGACCGCCAUGGUCAGUCGAAGUCUUCAUCCUCACUUGAUCUCCGAACCUACGGCUCUGCAUCAUGGAAUGACCGGUAGUUUGAAACAAGAGCCACCGUACACCGCUGCCAGUCAUCCUUUUAGCAUCACCAGGCUACUGCCGGGCGCGACGGCGGGCACAUCGCCAGGAGCGCAAGACAUCAAGCCACCGGAGAUGAAAAUGUAUGAACAGCUGCAUCAGAGCUACGCCAACUUCGGCUCGCCUCAUCAUCCUCACGCUCACUCCGCGCCACCAAGUCACCAUCAUCACAAUGGCAUGCACACGGGCUCGAACGCGGCUGGUCCAAUGCACAACAUGACCAAUCACCAUCACCAGGAGUAUUACCAGAGUCCGCUGUACCAUCACGCGACCAGCGUGGCUAGUAGCAGCGCGCCCCCGCCGUCCUCCGUCGCCACCGCGGCUCCAGGCUUGUGACACCACGCUACCCACCCCUACGCCCUGGCCUGAGUCGCUGCAGCCGCGGCAUACGCCGCCACCGCAGCCGCGAGCAAUCCCUCGACCACGGCGAACAUCGUUCUCCCUGUCCUCGAUCAGGAUCACCAAGCCCAUCAUCAUCAACCACCCUCCUCUUCCACCUCCUUGUCGUCCUCGUCAUCGUCUUCUUCGUCCUCGUCGUCGGCACCCCCGCAGCCGGCGGCUGCCGUCUCGCAGUCAGCGUCGUUGCGAGUCUCAGCGUCGAUACAACCGCCGCAACAGCGGCGUCGGCGACGCUGCGAGGACAACGAGGUGGAGGCUUGCUGGCCCGUCGGCCACGAGGACGAUUACGACGAGGAGGAGGAGGAAGACGACGAGGAGGAUAUGGUGUAAGAAGAUGUUAGAACGGAGGAGAUUAGACCGGAUCGUAGGAGGUGAGAGUCGCGCGGCUGGAUUCCGAGUCGAUCGUUGUCAAAAAGGGGAUGGUGUGGUGCGAACGGUGCGGGUGCGAAAGGGCGUUUCGAGACACGGAGGACGACAACUGGAGGACGCUUAGGAAAUCGUCGAGCUGGGCAGGUGCGAAUUUUGCGGUUUCUUUUUGUGGAAAGUGUGAUCUUGAAAGGUUCGAUCGUGAUACACGGUUCUGGUCUGGCUGGUCGUGAGUUCACCUAGAUCAUUUUUGGAUACAAUGGGUUCUAAUCGGCUGUUGUUUCGCUAUCGCGUACAAUAGUAAGGGAUAAAAGGCUCCUUCGCGAGACGAUCUUUUAAUCUCGCGUGACUUUUAAAUCGUACUAAGCUGUUGCAUAAUAAAUUUCGAAAGUCUUGAGACGAGAGAUACCAGUGACGUUGAAUCAAUAUUUCUUCUUCUGAAGUAAAAAUUAAGCAAUAACGCAAAGCUAAAAUUACUCGAAUCGUUACACUUUUGUUGAUUUUAUUUUUGUAAAAACUGUCUUCUUGUUGCUUCGUUGUGUUUUUAUUUAUAAAGCAAAAUGAUCUGAUAAUCUGAUUUUCGUAUGAUGUGCUUUGAAACGAGUUAAAUACGUAAUUGUUUUGAAAAGCGUAUUAAACUAUCGAGGAAAAUGCUAAAUCGAAAUCUUGCGCGGUACGUCGUACGUAUGUUGGCGAUUUAAAAAUGCCUGACGGAGAAGUUUUAUCGAAAGAAGAAAUUUAUAAUGCAACGAUCUAUGUUUAUUAGUUCUAUGGAAGUUCGAACUGUAAUGCCGAGUAAGUACGAUGUCGAUCUUAUUUUAAAAUUAAACACGUGUUUUCGGUAUUUUGAAUGAUAUUGAAUUUCGAAUUAGUGCCAGUUGUUUACGCAUCUUCUAUUCCAAUAAUUAGAAAAUCGAUUUGAAAAAUCGUGCGGCGAUUCGGAUAAUAUCCUCGCCUUUUCCAUUUUUGAUCAUUUCUCUCGUAGUCUUUUCAUUUACAAAUUCGGAACCGUCGAUGUUUCAGCGGGAUCUUGUUUUACAAUUAAAUUGAUAUCGUCAGCGAAACUAACAAAUUUCCAACGAUAAAUUCUCUUGCGCAGCAUAGUAACAAGUUUGAUAAAAUACGCAGAGUUCUAGAAAUUUCUAAAAGUGAAUUUUACAAAUUACAAGAACCAGCUGACGAUAUUCGACAUCAAAUUAUAAAAUUGUAAAGAUUAUUCGUCCAGUAAAAGUUGAUAAUCUACGAUUUCUUGUUUUUCAACUCGAUAAUAUCACGUAUUAUUCAUUAGUUAUCUACACGUGUUUAUGCAAAACGCGUAUUUUUGUGAACGUAACUAACCCAAGUAAAAGUUUGUUUCGCCCGCUAAAUUUUCCAACGUGUAUUUUCAAUAUUCUUCGUACUUCCGCGCGUUACGCGUACUUCGCGUAUAUUUCUUCUCAAAGUUACCCAUAAACGCAUCGAUAUUCGUAGCAUUCUCAAUUAAUCGCGAUUCGCUGAUAUCGUUAAUACCGUACAAGAAAAUCGAAGCAUUCGAGCGUUAUAAAUUCCAGUCGGUUUCCAUCGAUUUAUUAUUUAUUUUCCAUCGUUGUUCCAUUCCCAAACUCUUGAACCUAACUUGUCCAUUUAUAAACGUAGAUUAUCUUUUAACACGUUCGUUCAUUUCUAGUAAACAUCGACUCUACGAGUCUGAGAUUAAUUUAUUUGAAUAGAUUCUUGUUUCCAGGAUCGUAGAAAUUUUUGGUUAGAGAAAGACGCGUGUUUCGAAACUCACGGUCGACAUCGUACGAACGCUUGGUCGCUGGAUUAUCUCUUUGCUCUUCAUCGUUACACGAGGCAAUCGACGUUGAAAAAGAAAAAUAUGUCAAGACGUCGAUUAAGCUGUACUCGAAUCGUGACAUACGGCCGCGAGACCAGACAUAAGAUUGCGAUGUAAAGGAGAAAAUAAAACGAAGAUAUUCGUAGAUGCUCGACGAGUUCUCCAUGGACUUCCGGUUCGCGACCUUUUUCGACUGACGUUCACCACGAUACGCAUAGGUUUUUUUCUGUGAUACGCGACAACGAUGCGAUCCUCCGGCUGCGCCACACUUGCCUCGACCGUCAGCCGUUCUCUCGUUCCUUUCUUAACACGGAAACACAAUCGUCGAUUCGUUCGAACGAUUCGUUUCUAGUCGCAAUACACGUGUGCAAUUUCCUUCUUGUCGGAGGGAAGUUGAUCGGGCGAGAUCGAGUCGAAUAUUUUCGCAUUUCGAGACACGAACGUGAACCUUGGUUUUCCUUUCUUUUACUUUCUUUUACUUUCUUUUACUUUAUUUUGUUGCUGGUUAUUACGCGGAAUAUUAACUCGAAUAUAUAUAUAUAUGUCGCAAUCUCAUUUUUGUUUUAACAGGACGACAAAUUUUUAACGUUCUUAAACAAUUUUAGGGUAGGGUUUUUAAAGUAGGCGAAGGGAAAAUUUCAUAUUUUCCUCGAUCUUAAGUUACUUCGAUUAUAGAAAGAUAAGAUUGCGUAGAGAAUAACGCAAGGGAUACGACAAGAUUCGAUAGUUAAAAUUCUACAGAGCUCUAUGUAACUGGUUCUCUUUGAUUCGAUGAUUUUGACGUUUACCAAGAUUACCGUCGUUAAAUAAAACCAAGCUUGAAGAUGUCGUAUGCUCAAUUACCAAAUAAAAAUAAUCGAGAGUUGUUAUCUAUGUAAUCUCAAUAUGUUAAUCGAAUUCAACAUCGUUCCUUAGACUUUAUAACAUAAUUAUUUAUUGUAUUAUUUUGCAAUUUAAUUAUUUGAUAAUAAUAAAUAUAAUAAAUAAUAUUUAAAUAAUAUUUGACGAGGACAUGUGUUUAAUAUAAGUAAAAAAAGAUACAUAUUAGAUAAAUAUAACAAUUUUUUAAUUUUAUCUUUACACUGUAAUACGACUACUAAGAUAUUUAUCUUUAAAAUAAUUGCAAGAUAUUUCUUUAUAAAGUAAUUACAAUUUUGUUUUAUAUUUAUAAAGUUUAUUUCCCAGGUAUAUUAAAUAAUAUAUCCAAAUAAAUAUCUUCAAACUCUGUGUUUUAUUACGAUUGUUUCUAGUUAACAUUUGUUGAAUGAUAAUUCAUUCGUUUGACAAUGCAUCAAGUAGCAUGUUACAAAUUGAGAUAAAGACUUCAGAUUCUGUAUUUAACACGUUGACUGUCACGACUCCCGUAUUCGGGUGUCAGCGAAGUUUCCGGUCGGCCAGCGUAACCCAUAUUCGGGUUGUUUUAUAUUAUUUGACUAUUUGCGAAGGAUCGUUGUAGGUAUUUGAAUUCCAUAAUAAUAAAACUGUUGAAUUGUUAUAAAAGUAAUACGAAAAUGAUUUAUUAAACAAAUUAUUUAGAAUGUAAAACCUUAAAGCAUUUUAUAUAUAGCUGAGGUUGGUCGGGACAAUUUGGACAAUAAAUUCUUGUUUUCUUCAAAUUUUUUUGUGCCAUUGUUCGGUCCAUUCGACGUUUUUUAUUUGCGUAACAUAGUUUGCUCGCGCGUCUAAUGCUUCUUCCGAAAUCGUUUUUCCGAACGGCGAUACUAUGCUGACUUCGAGGAUUUUUUGUAUUUUCAGAUAACCGUUUAUAAUUUUGCAAUUAAUAAUUGUCCAAAUAUUCUAAUAUUUAUAUUCUUCCUUGUUGCAAUUUUGUAAACCGUCGAAGGGUUUACAACAGAAAUUCCCAGAAGGAGUCGAAUGCCGAGUUUUCUGUACCAUUUGAUUCCUUUUCUAAUUGCAGUGGCAUAAGAAACCAUUUGAUCGGAAUAAUCCAUACCACGCUUUCCUUCGUUAUAUUCGACAACAGCUAGUGCUUUUAAUGUUGCGAACAAACGAAACGACACAUCAUUCCACGAGACCACCGCUUGAGCGACUCGCGUUACUAAAAUAUCGAUGGAAGCACCUAGCAGAGAACGUUUGGUACUGCUGCACGCGUGGCCUGACGGAGAUUUCUUUGAAAACGCGCGCGACAGUCGACGUGUUAAAUAAAAGUCAAAUUCAACUUUUCCAAGACAAUACCGAGUUUAACCACUCAGGUACAGUACGCCACUGUAGUAGCGGCUUUCGCUCAGCGUUUGAACCAAACGAUCUUUUUCGUUUGUUUUGCUUCACACUUUUCUUGCUCUCGUAAUGCUUUGUAACAGCGUUAACGAUAUACGCCAAUUCCUAAUUCAGCAAAAUUCAGCUGUACCUAAGAGGUUUAACACGAAACUUCAGUCUUGGAAAUGUUCUGUUAUUUAAAGUUUCUGACUCGAUUCUUGUACUUUUUCGCGGAACAAAGAGCAGAGUCGACGAUCAAUAGACGAUUGUUUACCGAGUAUAGAUUGCGAUACUAAAAAGCGAUAGCGAAGGAUUUUUCUAGGAUUAUCUGUACCUUCGAUGAUAUAUGCCUAUUUUCAGCCGGUCGUUGAUCUCAAUCCCUCUGCUCUUCUCUGUUUCUGUAAUUUAUCGUUCCGAUACAAUUGGACAGGCCUGCAUAUCAAACAUCCUGUUAAUUCGAUUAUUAAAGUUUAUCAGAAAUCAAGAUCUGUCGAUAAAUAUACAGUAGAGGAAUUUUGAUUCCGAACCAAAGAACCAGUGACUUAUUCUGUUUUUCCCUCGAGAUCUUCGAUAUUUAUCGAAUAUUAUUCGAAUACAGUGCGAGUUUCGUUAAUAUCAGUUUCCUCUUCUUUGAGAAAAUCAACCGACAGAAGCUGCGAGGAUGUUCGAAAAGUGUUUUGGCAUAUAUAUAGUUAAGCGUUAUAUAUUUUCAUAGGACGAUGACACCACGUAUGACGUUAGAGUGAAAGUUAAACAAGUUACACGUAUAAAUGACGAAUCGCCUUCUGACAAAUCAUCAGAAAAUAGUUAUCCGUGGAAAAGAUUAAUUUAUAGGAAAAUGAAUAAUUGACAAUCGACAAUGACGAAUAAUUUGACAAGUGUGUGAUAGAUCGUCAUUCUUCGUGAACGUAGACACAGUUCUUAGAAGUCACAGCUGCGUCGGUUCAGGUAGACGAGAUUACACGCAAGUUUAAUCGCGUUACGAUUACAAUCGUUAAAUUGCAGUCGUCUUUAGAAUGUUUCCACGUUCAUCUCAUUCUCACUUGUUUCUUCUCGUUUCCAAUCAACGAACGAUACGUGAACGAUCUUGAUCGCUAUACUUUUUCUAUAUUUUUAUAUUUCUCUUUUCUUUUAACGAUAUUAAUCAGCGACGGAAUAAAUGCCGAUGACUGUAACCAACAAUAACCGCAGACGUUACGAUCGAUCUCGCGAAUUCUCAAGGAUCCAAGAUCUGACGAUUCGUGUCUCGAAUCCGAGUGGAGAUUCCGAAGGGAAAGAGAGCCCCCGUUCGAUGGCUGGCUCGAACCCGCGUGAGCGCCGGCGUAGAGCGAAAAAUGUGAUAACCCGCGAGAAUAAAUCUAAAUUAAUGAACGUAGGCUUGCAAGAGACGCCUGUGUAUUUCCCCUUGUAGAGGUGCGCGUUCGUACGCAACGUUAUACUCGAAAAUCCUCGUGCUGCAGCACAUUCGAAACACACAAGAUACAACGCGAUAUGCACAGACAUACACAUGCACAUUCUUAUUCACACAACGUACGACAGAGAGCGAGCGAGCGAGCGAGAGAGAGAGAGAGAGAGAGAGAAAGAGAGGGAGAGAGAGAGAGAGAUACCAGGAGUAAGAAUUCUUGUUUAAAAGCGUCGAAAGCAGGACACGUCCAGUGUUUUUUGUAUGAUACGUGUAGAUAGCGGCACAAACGUAACGUGUACGAUGUACAAUAUUAUAUAUGUUACAGGAGCUAUAUAUAUAUAUAUAUACAUAUAAAUAUUAUAAAUACAAAGUAUAAAUAUAUAAAUAAAUGGUGUCUAAUGAUACACUAUUAGGUAUAUACAUAUUAUAUAUAUAUAUAUAUAUGUGUGUGUGUGUAUGUAUAUAUAUAUAAUAUUAUAUAUAUAUAUAUAAUGUGCGAUAGAGCGAAUGUGCGAGCGAAUGAUAGCAUGAGAGAGGCAGAAGCGUGAGCAUUGUACAGCGCGUUUCAAAAGCAACGCUUGUAAAAAGCGUAGCAGCUGAUGCCACGGUUCGAUUCUUGGCCACCCUAGUCGAUUCAACGACCGCUACUGACUGCGGGUUGCUUUUGAAACACGCCCCUCCACGAAACGCCCUGUAAAUAGAGGAGACGAAAGCCAGGGAGCAGCGAGCAUCGCGAAUCGCUAUGAUCACUUAGCGAGAAAGAAAAUAAUAUCGUCGGUUACCGAGUGUGUUUCUAGGUUUCCUUCUAUCGACAUGUGCUCUCCGUUCAUUUUUCUCGCCGUUCGAGACUCGUCGAACGGUAAUUACCGCGACCGAAGGCAACGCACGUGCACGAGUAAAACAGAGACGAAAAAGAAAAUAAUACUAAUAAUAAUAAAAGAAUGAAGAUAUAAAAGAAAACACGAAGAAAAGUCAUUCCUCCUUUCUCGUUCGUCAUUCGAUCUUUUGCACGAAUACGUAGAAUGGUAGAUCUGGAUCGAUUUCGCGGGUUGAACGAUGCUACCGCGAAAGUUGCGGAUGCGUUCGCGCUUGCGUACGAAAUGAAAGGAAAAGUCUCGAAAUCACGAAAUCUCGUCGCCAUGUUUACGCUUUCAUUGUUCCUGUGCAUUCCGGCAUUUCUCCACGCUUAUCCAUGAGACGUAACCUCGAUGUAUCAGAAUCAAGGAACGAAAUCACCCCUUUCUUCUGUCCUCUCUUGCUCCCACAUCCCAAUCUCCGUCGAACCUUCCGAAUAACUUCCUAACUUCGUCCACUUCUACGGCAACAUCUUCUAUUUACUUGUUCGAAUCGCCGCUUCGGAGAAGUUUUUCAGUGUCGUUUCUGACCGGGGAUUCUGAAGAAUCACGUGGUUCGAUGACGAUCCAGCGGUGAUUCUGUGGUUCAUGUACAUAACACGCACAAGCCACAGCAGCGGAAAUGACGUCCACGGCCCUCGCGUGUUCAAGGGCCGCGGACAGAGAAGAAACGACGCGAGCAAACGAGGUUGUAAAUGUUUCAAUAAAUCCACGUAUUUCUACGAAAAUUCGCCUGAU